AUGACUCUUUUUGAUGUUAGCUUUAAUGAGUUAAUGGGUACUUUGCCGGAGCAAAUUGGGGGAAUGGUGAGUCUUGAACAGCUUAAUGUGGCACAUAAUAUGUUGUCUGGGAAGAUUCCAGCAAGUAUUUGUCGGUUGCCGAAGUUGGAGAAUUUCACGUUUUCGUAUAAUUUCUUCACCGGAGAACCGCCGAUGUGCUCCUUUUGUUCCUUCUUUGCCGUCUCCUCCUCCGCCUUCUCCGCCGCCGGUUGUUGUGCUGUCACCGCCACCCCCAUCGCCUGUUUUAUUCCACAAUCACCACCUCCGCCGCCACCACCGCCAGUAUACUCUCCCCUCCUCUCCCCUUCACCACCUCCACCUCCGCCGCCACCUGUGUACUCUCCUCCUCCACCGCCACCAUCUCCACCUCCACCUGUUUAUUCACCUCCACCUCCACCACCACCACCACCACCAGCAGUUUACUCUCCACCACCACCACCUCCAUCCCCACCUCCACUAUCACCCCGCCACCUACUUAUCCAUCACCACCUCCACCAUCUCCUCCACCACCUUCACCAGUAUACUGUGUGA